AGGCCUGUACAAUAUCCAGCAAGUUUGACAGGCCUAUUAAAAGUGCAUGAACACUGUUUAUAUGGGAUUAAGCUCAUUUCCCAGGGUCAUUAUUCAAGGCCAUCCAGCUACUAGGCAGCACUGUAGAUUAUUUCUCCAUACAAGAAACCCAUCUGGAGUGAAAUUCCCCACUGACUGAACAGUACACACCACACCUGCUCGAUGCCUCUGCAUAAAAAACAGAUCUACUGUCUGUGACCGAUUAGUCAGGCCUAGCUUUCCCAUGUCGACUCUCCGCGAUCAUAAACAAACAACGAGGGAUGGGCGUACAGUACAGGAAGAAAUAACUGUAGCAAUAUUAACUCAUUUUGCUUACAAACAUUCACCUGUUUUUUGCCUUCAAACCAUCUGUCUUGUUGAUAUGGAGCGAAAGGCAUGGACUGCGUUUGCCAUACACAGCCUUGGGUAUCACGGCAGAGCUUGUAUCAGCAAAUGUCUGUGUGAUGAACUUCCGUGUCCACUUAUAACAUGGCUUGUGUCAGAGCUGAAAUCAACUUGCCCUGAGGGUGACACUGAAGGGAAAAGACACACUGGAAACAUCCUUGCAGGGGACCUGAGGGCAUUUCUGAAAGAGAUGUCCUGCCCGUACUCUACACUAAUGUCAGAAACACUAACUCCAGCCAGUCUCAAUCACAUCGCUGAAUUCCUGGUGUCUGAGUUACAAGCGGCUCACAUGAUUACGUACAAAGAAAGUCACCCAGAGGAUAGUGAGGCAAGCUGUGAAUCUGCAAAAGACUGCAGAGAGAAAACGCUAGACGAAGCAGAGAUGUUGGGAGAAAUGGAGGCCUUUGUAAGCCAGGACGACAGACAGGAUGGAGACACAGAGGAAGCCAAGACAGAGUUGUCUCAACUCCUUGAAGCCCUGAGUUUGGAUGUAUCCUCCAACCUGACAGACGUACAACAGCAGGUGACGUCAUGUUUGGCCAAGUUGCCUGGAGGGGAGGUUCCUAAGCCACUUCUCAACAAUGAACUGAACGCUGAUCAGUGGAAACGAUUAGGUGAGCUUAAUGACGCCCUCACCAAAGACUACAGAUGCCGGAGACACAUGAUGAUCAAGCGCUUUGAAGUCACCCUUCAGUCCUUUACCUGGGGGGAGAGGGGGAAGGAACGGGAGAAAGUGGUGUCCUCCAUGGCUCUUUCCCUGCCCCUGGGGGAGCCGCGUGUGUCCGCCUCACUGCUGCUGGCUGCCAGGGAGGACCAGUCCCAGAUACUGCCCGUCAUGGCAGGACCCUCCACAGCUGUCCAUAAGGUUUUGAUGGGCAGUGUGCCGGACAGAGGUGGGAGGCCUGGAGAAAUUGAGCCUCCAAUGCCAGACUGGAAGAGAGAACGGGCUCACGGAGGAGACUCUUCACAUAGAAGAAACAAAUAUCCCAAACAUCCCAAAAAGAAGAAUCGAAAAUAGCAAAGAUGGCAUUCGUAUUGGGACGAAAGGGGAAAAUAUUAUACAAUUUUCACAAUACAAUUUAAGUUCAAAAUCAAGUGUUGUCUAUUGAGACAAAUUCAGACAACAUUGAUAGGUACACCAUAUUUGAUGGUGGAUUAUUGUUUGACAUUAUUGGUGAUAUUUAAUUUUCAUUUCUUUAUUUUCUUAAAAAAUGAACUGGGAUUAAAGAUACUGAUGGUGGAGUGACUUGCA